ACAACUUCCCCCUGACAUCCACCUCAAUCUGCCCUCCUUCAACUUCAAACCAUUUCCCCUUUGUCCUGCUGUCAUCUCCCCUCUCCAAGAGUUGUUGAGAUCAUCCAGUUUCAACCCCCCUGCUGUGUGCAGGGUCACCAGCCAGCAGCCCAGGCUGCCCAGAGCCACAUCCAGCCUUGCCUUGAUUGCCUGCAGGGCUGGGGCACCCACAACCUCCUUGGACAACCUGUUCCAAUCUGCCUGCACUCUCAAACUCACGUUAGGAUCACGAGCAGCACGGAGGCUGCUGCACUUCUGAUGGGUCAGCGUCAACCACGCAGGUCUGUGUUACAAUACAGCAAUUAACAAAGCUGAUUAUCUGCACUCUUCAGAAUUGUCACAGCCACAAGGAAGCGUUUGGUCACCUAAUGCAAAAAGCAAGCGUGCAGAAGAGUGUGUCUGCUCCUGCAGUGCAGCUGUGAGGCGUCCCUUUGUGCUCCAGCCCUCCUUCUCCAACCUCAGCAUCGUGUGGGCUAAAUUUACUCCUGCAUCAUCUCCUCCCCUCUUCUCUCAGCGAAGCUAAUUGGUGUAAUUUUUAAUUGUUGAUUUGACGCUCUCUCUGAAGCCGCCCAGGCGACCUUGCCAAGGAAUCAGCAGAGGAGUGCAGCGUGCUGGCGGGGUGCCCACCCUAUUUAUAGAGCUGUGCUGAGCAGAGCUCUCAGAGCUCCAGAUGCUCUCACGCUGACCUCGAGCAGAGCUGCUGCCUGCGAGCUUCACAGCUCCGUGCUUGCACUUCUUCAGGGCUCCUUUGCUUCUCACCUGCUUUAAAGCCACCUGCACUCCCCCAGCAUUAAGUGCUACAAAGGCAGCGUGGUUUACUUCCGUGGAUUUGUAAGUAUUAUGGUUUCUCUCCUCACCAGGUGCCACGUGCAGCCCAGGACUGCUGUUGCUGUGAUAUUUCUUGCUCCUCGGUGUGGCUUUCUGCUCUGGGUGUUGAUUGCUUGCGGCUCUGUGCUCACCCCGGAGCUGAGAAAUCUUCCACCGAGUUCUCCUUUUUAUUGGGUCACAGCGAAUGCAGGAAUGGCACUGUCAGCAUUUAUGUGGAUCUUCAACUGGAUGCUUCAAAAGUCUUGAAGAUCCCUUUCUCUGAGAUGCUGGAUGAUAAGCAGGGUGCUGCACGGUUCAGCUGUCACCGGAAUGCUGACAAAGCACGCGGUGCCAGGCCUGCCUCUUUCCAUGCACAGUAAACCUUGUCUUUCUGACAGCAGCUCUCAGAUCAGCGAGGCUCAAACUGAGCUCUGCAUCCCCUCCAGCUUCUCCUGCCCAUCAGUUAUUCUUUGUAGUUGCUGUGAGCAGCAUCUCUGGCCAGAGCCAUUAAAUAAGUGUUUCAUCCUCAGCUCUGAUAGAUGCUGAGCCUCACGCCAGGCUUGGUGGGCACUCAGUGUGAGCAGGUUGGUGUAUCCUUAUGACUUCAGAUUGACAGAGAAAGAGAAGACCAGUAUCUGCUACUUGUCCUUCCCUGACUCCUACUCAGGUGGCCUGGGGGACACUCAGUUCAGCUUCCGCCUGCGCCAGUCUGGGGGACAGAGGACAACUCACUACGAGGACGAUGGCGAGUACAACAGAGAAGCACCCCUCACACUGCAGAGGGAGUCGGCGCAUUACUUUGGUUACGUGUACUUCAGGCAAGUCAAGGACAGCUCGAUGAAGAGAGGUUAUUUUCAGAAGUCUCUGGUGCUGGUGUCACGCCUUCCAUACGUGAACUUGUUCCAGUCGUUGCUGCAGCUGAUUGCUCCGGAAUACUUUGAUAAACUGGAGCCAUGCCUGGAGGCAGUGUGCAAUGAGAUCGACCAGUGGCCACCUCCACUGCCAGGACAGACACUGAACCUCCCAGUGAUGGGGGUUGUCAUUCAGGUGAGAAUCCCAUCCAGGGUGGAUAAGCCAGGAUCAAGCCCAGUGAAGCAGUUCAAUCAAGAGAAUCUCUUACCAGCCCCACUGGUUCUCCCAAGUAUUCACGAACUGGAUCUCUUCAGGUGUUUCCAGCCAGUGUUAAUUCACGUCCAGAUGUUAUGGGAGCUGAUGCUGCUGGGAGAGCCAAUUGUUGUGAUGGCACCAUCCCCGACAGUUUCUUCUGAAAUGGUUCUGGCUCUCACCAGCUGCCUUGCUCCCCUGAGGUACUGCUGCGACUACCGUCCCUAUUUCACUAUCCAUGACAGUGAAUUUAAAGAGUACACCACCAGGACACAAGCUCCGCCAAACAUUGUUGUGGGAGUCACGAAUCCUUUCUUUAUCAAAACACUCCAGCACUGGCCACACAUCCUUCGGGUUGGGGAGCUCAAAAUGUCAGGUGAUCUGCCCAAGCAAGUCAAGGUGAAGAAGCUAACUAAACUAAAAACUCUAGACACAAAACCAGGAAUCUACACUUCUUACAAAACGUUUCUUCACAAAGACAAAACUCUGAUAAAAAGAUUGUUAAAGGGCAUCCAGCGGAAACGCCCGUCUGAAGUCCAGAGUGCCCUUCUGAGGAGGCACCUCCUGGAGCUCACCCAGAGCUUCAUUAUUCCCCUGGAGCACUAUAUUGCAAGUCUGAUGCCUCUGCAGAGGGCCAUUACUCCAUGGAAAAAUCCCCCACAGAUUCGUCCUUUCCGACAAGAUGAUUUCAUGAAGACCCUGGAGCACGCUGGUCCCCAGCUUACCUGUGUCCUUAAGGGUGACUGGUUGGGUCUCUACAGGCGUUUCUUCAGGUCUCCCAACUUUGAUGGCUGGUACCGUCAGAGGCACAAGGAAAUGACCCAGAAGCUGGAAGCCCUUCACUUGGAGGCCAUCUGUGAAGCGAACAUCGUGGCAUGGAUGAAGGACAAGUCAGAGGUAGAGAUCGUAGACCUGGUGCUAAAACUCCGUGAGAAGCUGGUAAGAGCCAGGUGCCAGCACCUCCCUGUAAAGGAGGAGACCCUGCGGCGUGUGGGCCUUUACAUUGAGACCAUCAUUGACUCCUUGCCUGAGGACCUGCAGGCAGUGCUGCACCACCACUGAGUGCACUGAGGGGCUGUUGCAGAAGGAAGGGCCCUCCCACGCUGAGAGCAGCAGCUGCGGUCACGCUUGGAAAGGAAACUUCUUCCCUGAUUCAGCUUCCAUGGCCCCGUCAGGACCUUCCUCGGGAGCCUGUUUGAUUUCUGAGCUCACGGAUCAGAACUGGAGCAGAAAUGGGAAACCACGUGCGCUGUUCUGUCUCGUCCUGCUGCAAGGAGCUGGAUUUAGGGGCCCGUAAAUGAGAAACAGUUUCCUGUGUGGCUGUUAGUAGGUCAGAAAGCGGCAGCCAGGCUUUCAGCAGCAUGUGAUAGGCUGUGCAAAACAUGUUUUGCCCAUAUAUACACAUAUCCAUCUUUGUCUAGUGCUUGGGCUCUCAAAGUUUCAAUGCCAUCAUCCUGCCUGGAAGAAGUGGGAUCAGCACCGUAUGGGGGAGUUGUUUUCAGGACAGCUCCUGCUGGUAAUGAGAGGGAUGCUAGUUCCCCACAUAGAAACAACGUGGAGAAGAAUUUUGCUUCCCAUUCAGCAGCCUGACUCAUAGCAGCCAGAGCUUCAGCUAUGAUGGGAGUGGGAGGCUGAAUUGCUGGACAUGGAACGCUGUUUUUCUUCAAGGCAAAGAGAGAGAGAGAGAGACAAAAAGGGGCUGGUGAAUCUGCAAGGAGCAGAGCUCUCCGGAGAGGGCAGAUGUGCACUGUGUGAAUGGCAUCAGCUAGCGCAGCUCUGCGGAGAGGAGUUGGUCUCCAACUGGAAUUUAUUCUGCUUGCAAACAUCGAGUAUGUGCACUCUGGUAACACGUAGAGUUGGAGCUCUGCCAUGGGCAGCAAGGUAUGUCUAACACGGUCAGCCCACUUGCUGAUAAAACACGGUGCAGGAUCUGAUUCAGGCAGUCUCACGAUCGCUGCCACUGCAUUCCACCAUCUGCCACUUUGGCCAGAGCCCUGGUGUGCCUGAAGAAUGUUUUCCAGGAUGGGCUGGGCAGCCUGAUGCACUCCUUCCCAUCCAGGAGCUCAGAUCGUGCAGAGCUGCUGCAGCUCUCUGUUGGCAGUGCUGAGCACUCGCGUGGAGCGAGCUGCCUCCUUCUUCAGCCUCAGCCCACAGAGUUGGGGGCAGUGUCAGUAAGUGGUGGAGGUGACUGAAUCCUUCCUGAGUUCUCCCACUCCAGAGCACAGCUGGGACAGCAUAGAGGGGAAUGAAGCUGCUCUUCCUGCUGCCUUCAGCCUGGAAGAAGCCUCGGCCAUACUGCCCCGUAACAGCAGCCCUCCCUGUACAGUGUAUAUUGUGUAUAUAGUUUGUGCGUGUGUUGCUGCUGUGAUAGCUCUGCAGUGACUGUGGUGGACUGAAGCACUAAUGUAUAGUAGAAAAUAAUAGUUUAAAAAAAAAAUUUGAGCCAAGCUGUUUCUUGGUUUUGGGUCUGAGAUGAAUUUGUUUAGGAAUCCAGGCAGAGAUGUUGAGUUCAUGCAUGGAGCUCAACAUGCUUCUGUCCCUUCAGGGGCUGUUUCUGUGGAAUUGCCCCAAGUGGAGGCAGCACAGCUCUCAUCUCCCGUGUGUGUCACCGUGUCUUGCACACAGACCUUCACCUACAAAGCUCCAGGUGUGCGAAUGGCAAUAGCUAUUGCAGCUCCAAGUGGAAUUUACUCUGCUUGUUAAUCUGGGCAGGGUGUGAACAUGCACCCUGUGGCGCUCAGCAGCCCCAGCUCCUCAUCCUGCUCUGCAGAAGCACAAAUAUCCUCAUGUUCACAAGCGUUAUUCCCCUCAACACUGCGUUCUCAGCUUUGUGCUCCUCCCAAGGAGGUCAGUUAUCACACUUCUUGCAACCAGCUGCCCGCAGUUACCAUCUUCACUUUCCUAACAGCUUCUGCGUGCCACUGUUUCUCCAUGGCGGUGCUGAUACCGUGUGUUAAAUGACUCAAUCCUUGCUCAUUCCUGGUGAUGGGGGAGUCCCAGUGGCCAGCAAACGGGUGGCACUGCUGUGGGUUGGGUGUCCUUCCAGCUCAGGCUGCCCAGGGCCCCAUCUGUGGCCUCAGGCACCUCCAGGGGUGGGACAGCAGUGCCAGGGCUGCGCUGCCUCUGGAUGACGGGU